UCCAAGAUGGCCGCGUGCAUUUGAACCAUUUUAAUUCUAGCAGUAUAUGUGAAGCGCGCCAGGUUUCUGCAAAUCUAGUUGUCAGUACAUUUCAUCAGAGAGAAGCUUUGCUCCAGGCUCCUCUACAGCGCCGAGAGCACUGACGAACCAUUACUUUAUAACCAGAAAUAAUGUGGAUAUUUGGGACCCAUGUCGAACAUCUAUGAAGAGAGGCAAACAAUGAUUGCAGCAGGGGAUUUGCAGGAGUUUGUUCCUUUUGGGCGUGACCACAGCAAGCACCAUCCCAAUGCAUUGAACCUUCAACUACGGCAGCUGCAGCCUGCCUCUGAGCUGUGGUCCUCUGAUGGGGCAGCGGGCUUGGUGGGAUCACUUCGGGAGGUAUCGAUCCAUGAAAAGCAGAAGGAGAGUUGGCAGCUGAGGAAAGGUGUAGGGGAUCCUGGCGAGGAUGUGGAGUACGAUGAAGAGCUGUACGUGGCUGGGAACAUUGUGAUUUGGAGUAAAGGAAGUAAGGCUCACGCGGCUGCAGUUUACAAGGCCUUUACUGUUGAUAGCCCAGUUUUACAGGCAUUGUGGUGUGAUUUUACUAUAUCUAGUAAAACGGAAAAUGAGAAUGGUCAGGAUACAGUAGAGAGGUGUAUCUGUAUACUGCAAAGUUCCUGUAUCAAUGUCCAUAACACAGAAGGGAAGGAUUACAUUGCACCGCUACCAUUUCAGGUUGCUAAUGUUUGGCCAACAAAAUAUGGAUUACUGUUUGAGCGCAACAGUUACUCACAUGAAGUUCCCCAGAGUCCACCUAGAGAACCUUUGCCAACAAUGUUCAGCAUGUUGCAUCCAUUAGAUGAAAUAACUCCUUUAGUUUGCAGAUCUGGCGGUGUAUUUGGCAACGCACGCAUCCAGUAUGUUUCUGAUAAUACCCUCAGAAUAGUUUUCACCAAUACAGAUCCUUCAAUAGUAAUGACCUAUGAUACAUUGCAGUGCUUGCACACUGUGUGGGCUCUCCGCAAGGUUAAGCCAGAGGAACAGAAUGUGGUGCUAAAGUAUGCAGAUCAGCUUGGCACCCCACAACACGGGGUAACUGCUGGGUCACUGGCCGCACACCUUCGCAGUGUCUCCAAAGGGGAAUCCCCAAUGGCCUCUCCUUUCCAAAACUAUUCCUCACUCCACAGCCAGAGUCGCUCGGUGUCUUCCCCCAGCAUUCAUUCACGCUCCCACUCUCCUUCCAUCUCCAACAUGGCUGCUCUGAGCCGUUCGUAUUCACCUGCUUUAGGAGUGCAAUCAUUCUCUGGUGUGCAGAGGUUCAAUUUCUCCAGCCAUACACCAUCCCCAAAGAGGUUAAGUGCAAACCACUCACCUAACAGCACUUCCAGUGACUUCUUUACAACCGAAACAGAGCCCAUUGUUCCAGAAAUGUGCAUUGACCACCUAUGGACAGAGACUGCUGCUAGCACAAGGGAAAAAAAUUCGGAGGCGACAAAAGUAUUUAUCACAUCCGAUCUGUGUGGUCAGAAGUUCUUAUGCUUCCUUGUAGAAUCCCAACAUCACCUUCGAUUGGUAAAGUUUGAAGAAAGCAAUGAUAAGUCCCAGCUGAUAUUUGGUUCCAUCACAAACAUUUCUGCAAAAGAUGCAGCGCCAGUGCGAAGCAUUGACACAAUGGUGGUAUUGGAGGGCAACGGUAAUAUGGUGCUAUACACUGGAGUUGUUAAGGUGGGAAAGAUCUUCAUACAAGGUCUAGCAGCACCAUCCCUUUCCAUGUCUAAUCCCAUGCCAAGGCCCAGCACCCCCCUGGAGAGCAUUAGCACCCCUGCCAAGCCAAUUGGCAAACACUUGGCUCCCAUGGAUGAGGCAGGUUUACUGUCUCCUGUUCCUGAGCUGAGAGAUUCCUCCAGGCUCCUUGAGUCUGCCUAUCUGGAUGACUGCACUUUCCAUCAGUUUGGGACAUUUAUUCAGGCUGUUCGAGACCCUGUACACAACAGAAUAACACUGGAAAUGAACAAUGGAUCCAUGGUUCGAAUAAGUAUCCCAGACAUUGCAACCUCUGAACUAGUUAAGAAGUGCCUGCAAGCCAUUAAAUAUAUACUCCCAAAAGAAAUAGCCGUGCAGAUGCUCGUUAAGUGGUACAAUUCCCAUAAUGCACCUGGUGGCCCCAGCAAUAACUCUGAGUGGAAUUUGUUUGUAACUUGUCUGAUGAAUAUGAUGGGAUACAACACUGACAGGCUUUCUUGGACACGCAACCUUGACUUUGAGGGAUCUCUGUCUCCAGUGAUUGCUCCUAAGAAAGCCCGUCCGUCUGAGACAGGAUCAGAAGAGGACUGGGAGUAUCUUAUACAUUCAGACUAUCAUCGAAAUGUUGAGAAUCACUUUUUAGCGAAAGCUUUGAAGUUGGAUCCUUUGGAAGUUCCACUACCAAAUGAUGAUAUUCAGUAUGUCCAAAAUUUGGACUCCACAGCACUUCUUUUCAGCCACAUACCUGCAAUUUUCUAUGUUCUUCAUCUGACCUAUGAGGAGCUAAAAUUGAACACUUUAAUGGGAGAUGGGGUCCGCUCUUUGGUGGUUCUGCUUGUACAGCUGGCUAGGGAUUUCAAGUUUGGACCUUACCUGGAUUUUUAUUUCCGUGAUUAUCCAACAUUGGUUAGAACCACUGGGGAGAAGUCUCAUAUUGAGCCAGCCCAGACUGGUUUCAUGAGUUAUCCUUCCUUCUUCACUUCUGAACCACCAAGCAUCUAUCAUUGGUUAAGGUUCUGUCUAAAAGGGCAAACAAUGCCAGCUUACCCAUACCUGCCAGGCAUAUGUGAGAGAAGCAAGCUUGUAGUGUUGAGUGUUGCUUUAUACAUACUUGGAGAGGAAAAAGCUGUGUCACAUGAUCCUUCAAAGUAUUUAAUCAAAAUAACAGCAGGGCAAAGGAAGCAACAACAGGAAGAAGAAAGGAGGUUCAGCUUGAGGCCCAGUCCUACUGUUUCAAGCCUGUCUGAAAAGCUAGUGGUCUGGAUGACUGAUAUAGGUUUUACCCUGAGAGAUCUGGAAUCUUUGCCCUUUGGAGUUUCUCUUCCAAUCAGACAUGCUAUCUAUCGGUGCAGGGAGCAGCCUAUAUCUGACUGGCCUGAAGCAGUCUGCCUUCUCAUUGGACGUCAGGACCUUUCUAAACAAGCCUGUGAAGGAAACCUACCAAAAGCUAAAUCUUCCACAGGUCAAGUACCAUCCCCUGAGGUUCCUCCUUCAGGUGAAGCUGAAGAGGAAGAUGACGGUAUGAAUGAUUUGAAUCAGGAAGUGCUGUCACUGAUUUGGAGUGAAGAUUUGCGUGUGCAGGAAGUACGCAGGCUGCUUCAGAGUUCCCAUCCUGUGCGCGUAAAUGUUGUCCAGAUGCCUGAAGUAAGCGACCAUGAGUACAUAGAAGAGAAGGAAAACAGGUUAUUACAACUAUGUCAGAGGACUAUGUCUCUUCCUGUGGGACGCGGAAUGUUCACCUUAUUUUCCUACCACCCAGUUCCUACAGAACCACUACCAAUUCCUAAAUUAAACUUGACAGGCAGAGCUCCACCACGAAAUACAACAGUGGAUCUUAAUUCUGGAAAUAUUGAUGUGCCGCCAAACAUGGGUUGCUGGGCAAGUUUCCACAAUGGUGUGGCUGCUGGCCUGAAAAUAGCCCCAGCUUCUCAGAUAGAUUCAGCCUGGAUUGUUUACAACAAACCCAAAAAUGCAGAGCUGGCUAAUGAGUAUGCCGGAUUCCUAAUGGCACUUGGUUUAAAUGGACAUCUCACAAAGUUGGCAACUCUGAAUAUACAUGACUACCUGACAAAGGGCCAUGAAAUGACCAGCAUCGGACUUUUGCUUGGGGUUUCAGCGGCCAAGCUUGGUACAAUGGACAUCUCAAUUACCCGUCUUCUCAGCAUUCACAUACCUGCUUUGUUACCUCCAACUUCAACUGAACUGGAUGUGCCACACAAUGUGCAGGUGGCUGCUGUCAUUGGGAUUGGUCUGGUUUACCAGGGCACUGCGCACAGACACAUUGCUGAGGUGCUGCUUGCAGAAAUUGGUCGCCCACCAGGUCCUGAAAUGGAGUAUUGCACGGACAGAGAGUCUUAUUCUCUAGCAGCUGGACUUGCAUUGGGCAUGGUUUGCCUUGGGCAUGGCAGUAACUUGAUUGGCAUGUCUGAUCUGAACGUUCCAGAGCAGCUUUACCAGUACAUGGUUGGUGGUCACAAACGCUCACACGUUGGAGUAAACCGAGAAAAACACAAAUCCCCAAGCUAUCAAAUUAAGGAAGGGGACACCAUAAAUGUUGAUGUCACAUGUCCUGGGGCAACAUUGGCAUUAGCUAUGAUAUACUUGAAGACCAACAACAGGUCAAUUGCUGAUUGGCUACGGGCUCCAGACACUAUGUACUUACUUGAUUUUGUGAAACCAGAAUUUCUUUUAUUGCGGACCCUUGCCAGAUGCCUUAUUUUAUGGGAUGACAUCCUGCCAAGUUCCCAAUGGGUGAACAGCAAUGUGCCUCAAAUAAUUAGAGAUAACAGCAUAUCCCUUCAUGCUACAGAACUACCCUCAUCUGAGGACUUGAAUUUAGAGACACUGGCAGUAGUGAUUUGCUGCUCCUGUACCUACUCUUUAACAAAGGGUACCAAAAAGAACAAAGGGACCCAGUGGUAUGAGGAAACAACUGAAGAGCUUAUGGCUCCAACUCUUCUCCCAGAGCUCCAUCUGCUAAAGCAGAUUAAAGUAAAAGGGCCAAGAUACUGGGAAAUAGCUAUUGACUUGCGCAAAGGGACUCAGCAUCUAAAAUCGAUCCUGGACAAGGAUGGAGUAUUGUAUGUAAAGUUGCGUGCUGGACAGUUGUCUUACAAGGAAGAUCCAAUGGGCUGGAGAAGCCUUCUUGCACAAAAAGUCACUCACAGAAACUCAGAGGCCCGCACCUUUAAGCCGGAGGCGAUAUCUGCUUUCACAUCCGAUCCAGCCCUGCUAUCAUUUGCUGACUACUUUUGCAAAGCAACUGCUGAUAUGGGCCAGAAACAAGAAAUCCUAGACCUGUUUUCUUCCAUACUAUAUGAAUGUGUGACACAAGAGAAUCCUGAAAUGCUUCCAGCCUACAUUGCAAUUGAUCAGGCUGUAAGGAGGUUAGAGAGAAGAGAAACUUCUGAAACUUUUGAACUAUGGCAGAUAAAGCUGGUUCUGGAUUUCUUCAGCUCCAAACUCUUGCAAGAAAGAAUGAGGAAGAAUCUGAAUCGUGAAUUGUUCAUGAAUUCAGAGUUUUUACCGGUCAUGAAAUGUGCCAUUGAUAACACUCUAGAUCAGUGGUUGCAAGCUGGUGGUGAUGUAGCACUGCAUUCCUAUUUAGCUGGCCAACCAGUUGAAGAAUCUCACCAAAGUAUGUUGGCCUCUUUUUUGGUUUAUCACUCCGUUCCUGCAACUAAGCACUUAUCAGAAGGACUUAAGGGAAGUGAGAGCUUUUCUGAAUUGCUGCUGAAAUUCAAAGAAAUGAAGAUGCCAGUUCGAGCAUUAUUGAGGCUUGCCCCCAUAUUGCUGGUCAAUCCAAAGUCUAUGGUAACCUGAGCAGUGGGGAUAUUUCACAUGAGACCCGCGCCAACCUGAAGCAUUGUAGAGGAGCAUGCCUGGGGCAUUGUUUUGUUUAACUUUAUGAUGAAGAACUCCCAUCGUUUGCAGACUUCUGCAAUACAUUAGGCAUAGGAUGUGAACCUGCAGUUAUUGUUUUUAUUUUUUUCUUGUCUUAAAUGAUUAAGUAUCUUAUUGCAAGAUGACAACACAGUGUAAUGUAACAAGGACAUUUUUGUAAAUAAAAUUUGUUUAAAUAAAAUGUAACCUUAGCUAUUA